CGUUAGCCAGCGACAAUGGUCCACCCACGUAUCUUUCCUGCCCACCCUGUGCCACCUUUGCUCUGCCCCACCUACUCACCUGUUGUGACAGACCCGCUCACACUCCUGGGUAUAAAAGAGCCGUCCCGCAGCAGAUCAGGCACCUUUACCCAGAACCUUCUCCUGGAGCCUAAGGACACGAUGAGGCUGCUCUCUCAGACACUGUGUCUCUGCCUGGCCCUGGCUCUCUGCCAGGCCGACCACCACGCCGGCCAUACAAAUGACGUUAAGCCUGGUGGGCACAAUGACCACCAACAUGGACAGAAUGACCACCAACAUGGACAGAAUGACCACGGACACCACACUGGGUUCGGGCUUGACCGCUGCAAGGGGCUCGAAAUGGACGCCGUUGUGGUGAACGAGGAAGGAGUCCCUUACUUCUUCAAGGGUGACCACUUGUUCAAGGGUUUCCAUGGCAAAGCCGAGCUGUCCAAUGGAUCGUUCGCUGAACUGGACGACCAUCACCACCUGGGGCACGUGGAUGCCGCCUUCCGCAUGCACUAUGAGGACAACCCUACUGAGCACGACCAUAUCUUCUUCUUCCUGGACACCAAAGUGUUCAGCUACUACAAGCACAAGCUGGAGGAUGGCUACCCCAAGGACAUCUCUGCCGUGUUCCCCGGUAUUCCUGACCACCUGACCGCUGCUGUCGUGUGCCCCAAGCCCGACUGUGAUGAAGACUCUGUCAUCUUCUUCAAGGGUGAUGAUAUCUACCACUACAACGUAAGGACAAAGAAGGUCGACGAGAAGGAGUUCAAGAGCAUGCCUAACUGCACCUCCGCAUUCCGCUAUGCUGAGCACUACUACUGUUUCCAUGGACACCAAUUCUCCAAGUUCGACCCCAAGACGGGCGACGUGCACGGAAGGUACCCCAAGGAGGCCCGGGACUACUUCAUGAAGUGUUCCAAGUUCGGAAACACCACAGACCACGUUGAGAGGGAGCAGUGCAGCCGUGUGCACCUGGACGCCAUCACCUCAGACGACGCCGGGAAUGUCCUCGCCUUCCGAGGCCACUACUUCCUGGAUCAGGAUGCUGCCACUGAGAAGUGGACAGCUGACCCCAUCGAGAAACAUUUCAAGGAGCUACACAGUAAUCCAGACGCAGUUUUCACCUACGAAAACCACCUCUACAUGGUCAAGGAUAACAAGAUAUAUGUUUAUACAACUGCGGAGCCCCACAAACUUCUGGAAGGGUACCCCAAGGCCCUAAAGGACGAGAUUGGACUGGAAGGCCCAAUCAGCGCUGCCUUCGUGUGUCAGGAUCACCACAUCGCACACGUUGUUAAAGGUCAGACUAUCUACGAUAUCGACCUGAAGGCCUCCCCACGUGUUCCAGUUAAAGAUCUCCCGUUCACCACCGUGAGCAGUAUAGACGCUGGCAUGUGCGGUCCGAAGGGCGUGAAGAUAUUCAAGGGAAACUAUUAUUACCACUUUGAUAGCAUGAAGGUCAUGCUGAUGUCCAAGUUAAUUCCUGAGGCUCACAGUGUUCCAAUGGAGCUGUUCGGCUGUGACCACUAGAGGGUGGGGAAAGAGAGAGAGUCGCGUGACGAACAACAUCAGACGCAGCAACUGACCUACGGUCCACCAGUCACUUUGUCGUUGUGAUGAUCCUGUGAUUUCAUCGUUCCCAGUGCUUUACUGACCUAACAACUGUGUCCUACCUCCAACACUGUUCCUUAAAGAAAUGGAAAGUCCUUUCUGUUCUGUUCCUAGUCUCUUGUCCCUCUCACUGAAUAUCCUGCAGUUGUCCUUGUGCUGGAGCAGUUUUUGUUCUGUGGUGCUCUUUCUGAAAGGCUCAUGUGGAAUAGAGGGCAUCCAUUCUUCAAGUGUUGUUCUACAAUAAAAAUCAUGACAGCACCCAACAAAA